AUUCACAUUUAUUUCCCGCAAAACCCAAAACCCUUACAAUCAACGAUGGCGGUGGUACGAACGCUUUUAUGUUCUUCCAGGAACAUAUUCAUCCCUGUUCCGUGGAAUCCUAUCUCAAACAACCUAAACCCUUUUUUAUCUUUGAGCCACGUGCGUAGAGCAGAUUUUAAACGAUUGCGAGUUAAUCGCAGCUUGAAAUGCUCGCUUAAUUAUGGAGACAACCAGUACAAUCAGGUAGUCGAGUAUGUAAAACCGGCUGCAAUUCCAUGGAAUAAGGAGCUCUGUAACACGGUGCAGCUUAUCGGCACUGUUGGCACCACCGUCGAAAUCAAGCACCUCCCUUCUGGCAAGGUUCUUGCUUGGACACGACUCGGUUUUAAGAAAUCCGCCACGGAGACCUCAUGGAUCAAUUUGACAUUCUGGGAUGAGCUGGCACAAGUUGCUUUUGAGCAUGUGGAGAAAGGGCACCAAAUCUAUGUUUCUGGCCGAUUAAUUUCAGAUGUAGUUGAAAAUGAUGAUGGAAAGCAGCAGACCUACUAUAAGGUAGUGGUCCAGCAACUGAAUUUUGUUGAGAGGAGCUCUGUUUCAGCAGCAUUAUAUGAUCGUGAUUCUAAUGGCAUGGUAGCUACAGGUAGAAAGCUUGGGAAUAAUGCUGGAAAUAGCACAGGUUCCAUAGAAGAACUAUGGCAAGCCUUUUUUGCUAAUCCUUUGGAGUGGUGGGAUAAUAGGAAAAACAAGAGAAACCCUAAAUAUCCUGAUUUUAAACAUAAAGAUACUGGAGAAGCUUUAUGGGUUGAAGGCAGGAAUAAUCCACGCUGGGUCAAGUCCCAGUUGGCCAUAUUGGAUGAAAGAAUGGGCUCCCUUCGUGAGCAGGACGGUAGGAUGAAUCUAAAUUCAUUUGCUGGUGAGGAUUUCAUGCCCAUGCAGUAGUUCCUGGUGCUGUUUGUCUAAUAAUGGGGCCAAUUGUGCAGUAUCUUUGCUAACAAUUCACUUUUCUGGAAGGCGUCAAAUUGUUUUGUUUGUAUACUCUGAAAUGUGGUGUCUACACAGUGUGCAAGUUGUAAUUUUCUUUGUAGUUUUUGAGCCUUUCCAAAUAUGAUAAAAUAUCUUUGUCAUUCUAAAUUCUUGUUUUGGGCUGCAUAUACCACAGUUCUGUAUUGCUGCAAAACUUGCUUAUAAUGAUAUAGCAUAUUAUAUUGUAUUUUAGAAUUUGGUCUGGGCUGAAUGUUUAGUUGGACCUAAUUUUGUGGAGACCAAAUGUUAUCUCUUAUUUGUUAUCUGGCUCCAUUAGGAGUUAAUUGUAAAUCAGCUCGCGUAAGAGCCACAAUUACAAGUAUCAUAGAAUUUUGACAUAAA